AUGCCACUAAUCGUGAGCGAUCCUAACUCACGCGCACCCAUGGGCUUUGACGAAUCGCUAUUAAAGGUCCAAGAGGACAGGCUCGAAGUGAUUUCAGUGACGAUACAACAGACCGCAAUGAGUGAUAAGUGGAAUUAUCAGCAGAACAGAGGACCUCAUCCAGACACCUCCUACAAUGACUGGGCCUAUAACGGUUUUCAACAACAUCAUCGUCCUCCUGACUAUUUCAAUCAAACCAAUUUUGGCGUUCCUCCACAGUUUCAAAAUCACACAGCAGGCAUGCAACAGCGGCUGCCGAAUUUUCCUCUCAAUCCUAACGCAGCUGCGUUUAUACCAAGAGGGUUUCAUAGACCAAAUCAUUCGGGACCUGCGAUGUCUUUUUAUCCGGGUGAGGAUGUCGAAGUCCGUGCAUAUGAAGCCAUGUACAAUCAAUUUGGCAGCAAUGUACAAGACGAGUAUAUCCCGUCUCAGGAACUGCAUCAUGAUAUGGUUCACAGUGACAAUCUUGUAUCUCUUCAAGAAAUACAAGUUGGGCUUGAACAACUUCUGAACGACGCAGACGACUUCGAUUCAUGGUCUGGGGCAAUCCGCGAUAGAAUGGUUGAGAAACGAAUGUCAGCUCCUACGAGAAUUGUUGCUGUGCACAUGAUCUUUGAAAUGGCCAUCGCGGUUUCUUCUCGACCUUUGUCUGGUAACAAUCCCCAGCACACACUCGCCCGUCUAGUUUGUUUCUUGUGUUCAGAAAUCCCGUCAUUACUGCGCGAUGCUGUAUUGAAGCUGCUAUGCGAUUUCCACGGAAAACGCCUGUCACUUCAAACCGAGCAAAGGAUCAACUUAUGUGUUUUCUUCGCAGAGAUCUAUGAAAAAAUCGAAACGGAAAAUGGUAGUAGAAUCGACAAGGUUGGAGAGGCGCUUCUAGAACAACUUGAUGAUCUUCUCAAGCUUGAAAUGAACGAUCCGCUCAUGAAGACGAUCAUUCAACUGGUUAAGCUUUGUGGGCGCCAUUUGGAUGCUUCAAGUAUGACUGAACCUCGUGUCAAUCAACUACUCACCAAACUGCUAGCCUUCGCGAAAGGCCAUCCGCAACUCAGCGAAUCGGUGAAGACGCAAAUAAUGUGUGUGGUUGAUUUACGGAAAAGCGGAUGGGGGAUAUGUGUGCGAGGAAAUGGUGGCACACCUGAAACUGCUACGUCUUCCUCGAACUUUUCCCUUCCUUCAAGUGGCAUUAUUGUUGGUGACGAUGGCGCUGCGCUGGAAUUGAAUGAAGAAGAACGGUCUUUCCUCGAAUCGCAGUUUAACGCCAUGGAUGGUCUAGAAGACACUGAACAUGACCACUCAUUUGACGACCAAGAAGUGUUGAAGGAUUUCGGUGCUUUUGUUAAGGAAGAAGAAGAUCGGGAAGAGGAACGCAAAACUGCUUCAAUGUUAGAGAAGCUGAAAAUGUGCGAAUCUGAUACGAAGUCAGAGAAACCUGAAUCUACUACCUCUUCCUCAUGUCUAUAA